AGGCAACAGGGAUUGGCUGCCGGUUUCCCUGUGUCAUUGUUUACGCUGUAGUGCCGUGAGCCGAGCAGGAGAGAGCCAGACAGCUGAGGCAGGGGGGAGAUAUUUGUGGUGUGAAAGCAUUCUGAAUCAAGUUUAAAGGUUAAUAACCAUGCAGGCGAUGUUCUGGAUUACUGUGGGGGCGAUCUGCCUGGCUUCAGGCUUCAGCAUGGCACAAAAACCCCGGCCUUGCCAGGCUCCACCUCUCUACACUGGAGGGAUGACUGUGGGAACCCAGAAUGAGCAGCUGUGGGCGGUUGGGAAGUACGCUUAUGAUGCCUUUAACCAGCGCAUCCACCUGGGAGAAAUGGGAACUUUUAACAAUGCAAGCUUCACCUACAACGCCCUGAUGCUCUUUCAAGAGGGAGUCCUGUACGAGAUCUACCACCACAACAAAACCUGUGUGAAGAAGGCCCUGCAGUCUGACUUCCACCCCAUGGAGGUUCCUAAGGGGGCCGGCUUUGUGUCUCAGGUGGUUCUGGGAACCUCCUCCAGCCCUGGACAGGGCCUCCUGGUCAACAGCUGGUGGGGAGACAUGCCCGACAAGCAAGGCAACUACAUGGUGUCCUUCACUGAGUUUGGUUGCCUGCCCGUCUCUGCUUUUUUCAAGACCAAGAACAUGGGAUGGGUCAGUGUGAGCUACUUCGACAACGUCCUUGGGGUGGGGGACCCCGAUGUGUUCAUUCCACCACCAUUUUGCGCGGACGCCAAGCUGGAGGCAAACGAAGAUGGAAAAGUGACUGACUUCUUCUCCCUCUUCCACUGAGCUUGGUGUGGAUUCUAUUUUUCAUGUACUUGAUCAACUUCUCAUUCUGAUCAUGCAUCUGAUUGUAGCAGAGGCGAGAUGCAAUAACUGAUACAUGCCUUUUAAAGUUAAGAAGAAAACCAGCAUGAGACAGUUCAUAACAACAUGCAAAUAUACUUCUUAAAUCAAGCUGUGGAAACAAGAAACGUCUUGAACUAUGCUAUUAUUGACCUGAAUCAUUUGCCUUUUAUAGAAGGUGUAGCCUAAUUUGAUUUUGCACUGUUCAUCUAGCUUGAGAC